UGGAAACAUUCCUCUCCAUGCUGUCUAAGCAUGAGUUGGGCGUGACACUUAAGAAGCAUGUCUCAACUGGAGAGUGGAAGGAUGGUCCAAGACCAAGGGAGGAACUCAUGGGAAACGUACCAAGAAGGAGAUACUGGAACCCAGGGAAGCAAUGAAAUGUGACUCAGACAGCAAAAUGAACAGCUUGCUCAUGCACUAAAAUGACAGGGAAGAACGCAGGCUCUUGCUAGACUGAGUCUACUCUAACUCCAGGUGGAGCCAUUUCAAAAUGAACAUCUGUGUCAACAGUUAUGGAAAUGAUACAAUCCUGAGUUCCCAGGCUUCCCGCAUCUCUGGUGCAAUAUUUCUGGGUCUAGCAGCAUCCUUGGGUUUACCUGGGAAUGCCUUCAUUAUCUGGAGCAUCUUAUGGAAAAUGAAAGGCAGAGAAAAAUCUGUAACCUGCAUACUCAUCCUUAACUUGGCGAUAGCUGAUGGGACAGUCCUUCUUCUUACUCCGUUUUUUAUAGCAUUUUUAGCUUUACAGACCUGGAUAUUUGGCAGAGGUGUCUGUAAGGUGGCCUAUUAUCUCUGCUGCCUUAAUAUGUUUGCAAGUAUUUUCAUUAUCGCUUUAAUGAGCUUGGACCGUUUCUUAGCUGUUUUCCGACCUUAUGUGGCCCAGUCACUCCGUAAAAGGGAAGUGGUAACAAAGGUUCUCUUAGCCAUAUGGCUGCUAGCAGGGGCCUUGGCUCUUCCAGCCUUUGCUUUCAGAGAGGUCAUGGACAAUCAACAGAUUAAUGCAACUAUCUGUGAGCCAUGUCACGCCAGCCGCGGAGAGGCUAUCUUCCACUACACCUUUGAGACAAUGGUGGCUUUCUUGGUUCCCUUUCCCUUGGUAUGUUUCAGCUAUAUGUUGGUAUUAAGGAAGCUGAAAAAAUCAAGCCGGUUUGGACAAAGAUCACGAAUUGAGAAACUGAUAGCUGCAAUUUUGGUGACUUUUGCAAUACUCUGGCUUCCUUACCAUGUUGUCAAUGCAAUUCAGGUGACGGCAAAUCUGACAUCAGGAAGCACAUCUGAUAAACUGGCAAUACUUGCAAAAAAGAGCAGAGCUGGGGCUACUGCUUUAGCCUUUUUUAGUGCCUGCGUUAACCCUCUCUUGUAUGCUUUUGCAGCAUCAGACCUAUUUAGAGUAUUUGGUGUAGGCUUUGUAGCAAAGUUACUAGAAGGAACGGUGGCAGAAAUCCAAAGAAGGGUGAGAUCCCAACGAGACCUUGUAAAGGGUCUUGUAAGAGUUGGAAGUCGAGGAGAAUCAGUAGACCUUGAAGUAAAAAAUGGCGUAAAAUUAGGGCCUCUAAAUGGUGGCCUUCAGCCAUAGACACAUGCUAUAGCACUUAGGCCUUCAUGGAGAUGCGCAGUGUCUGUUUGCUACCUUAGCAUGCGCCGUAAGGCGCCAUAGCUCCAGAACAGAGUGAAGUUCAAGCAAGCUGCAUGCCUCCACAUGACAUCAGAGGCAUAAGAAGGUACAGUAAGGCCCCAUGUUCCUCUGUGGAAGCCCUAUUACAGCUCCGUACAAUAAUAAUGAAGCCAUGAUACAACCAUGUGCCCAAGAUCUUAUUAUGCCAACCCUGUAAAUACACCUUAUAAAUUAUUUUUCCACAAUCUUUUCGGUAUAUGAUGUUCUCAUAAUACAUUGUUAUGUAGUAACAACUACAAAAAUAUGCUGCAGUAAGGGUCCUUUUACAAGGACAGAUACUCUGCUAGUCAUGAGCUUUGAUCAUUGGUGAAGUCACUUGACACUCUUUACCCACAUUCACAUGUGCCAAUUAUCUUUGGUAUGAGGACAAACUAUCGGUAAUAUGAUCAUUUGUUGCCAUACAGUUUCCAUUGGCAUCUCGUGUUUACAUACAGCAAUGUGCUGCCAAGCAAAAAUUAUUUUUACUGCCGUAUAAUAGAUGUGACCACCCAACAAACCAGCAGAUGCACCUCUAUACAGAGCAAUGAUCAGGAAUGAGUGUUGUUCAUUCCCAAUCCUUGGCCACUAAAAAUUGCACUAGGUCCUUGGCAACACCAUGGUGGCCUGUAGUCAACAAAAAAAAUGAAGAUUACAAGGAUUUGUUGACAUGAACCACUUUGUUGCUGUUCUCACUAUAUGGCUACAAACUCUUUGUUCUGUUGAGUCACUGUACUUUCACACAAUUUCAUUUCAUUUAAUAGAGAAUGGUGUAAUUAGAAAAUUGCACUACUUU